AUGGGCCAUGACCGAGCUGGAGAUGAGAGCAUGAGUCGAGUAAAAUGGCAGCACGCUGCCACACCAGCCAGUGCACGGUCCCAUCUUCUGUGGGCAACUCACGUCAUCGAUGCCGAUGAGGAGCAGGCGCACGGGCUCUCGGUGGGUCCACCAGUCAUAGAAUCCACUGAUGAGGCUGUACGCCAUACGCACUCAGAUUAUGUAUGA